AUGCAAAAUAAUUACUGUAACUCAUUAAAUGGAUUAAUUACCUCCUCAUUUAUUCAAUUAUUUAAUAUUCUUGCCAUAUUAAAUUCAAUACCUCAAACAAUAGCUAUUUCUUAUCGUUGUGAAGGGGAUCAAGUUUUAGUAGUACAAUCCUUUGGAAAUGAUACAAUUCGAAUGCAUUGUCAACGUUUAAAUGUUUGUGGGGAUGUUGAUGUUCAUUGCCAUUACGAAAAAAAUCAGCCGGCAUGUGGGGGAAAAGCUAAUUUUGUUGCUCAUGUAGACCAACCUACUCCAUUGGCCCCUGUAUCACAUACUUGUUGUGAGGCGAUUCCACCAUUUGAAGAAAAGAUGAAUGAAAUUCCUAGGCAAGUUAUGAUGGAAAUUUUCAAAAUUCCAAAUUUUUAUAGUCACGAAGGCAAUGAUUGUUUCAUUUACGAACUUCCUGAUCCCAAUGCUCCCCCACCUGAAGAAGGGGAACAUAACAGCAAAAAAGGAGAGGAGGAAGAAGAAAAUGAACACUUUACAGUUCUCAACAGUAUUGACCAAUUACCUGGACAUAUAAACCCAGAAGGAUAUCAUUAUAGAAUGAGGCUUUUUCUGUUGAGGUUUAAAAGUCCGCCUGCUCUUCUUGUAAAAGGAAUUAGACGAUUAAGGGAAGGAUAUCGAGUAACUAUUUGCCGUCCACGCUGUAGAAGGGUAAUCAUCGAGGAAGAUGAACGACAAGAAAAAGAAGAAGAAAAUAAUAAUUUCAAAAAAUGGAUAACACAAAAAUUGAGUGGGAAUGAAUCCCAAAAGAAGAUACCCAAAACUUUAAUUAAAGAUUCAAGUGAAAAGAUAAUUGAGGGAAAGUUGACUGUUGUAGAUGGAGGAGUUUUGGCACCUGAUAAACAAACAAAAAUAAUCGAAAAUGAAACAAACAAUAUGAGACUAGAACCAUCAUCAAUCUCAACUACAACUGCAGAAAGUCCUUCAAAUUAUACACAAAUUCACAUUUCUACAAAUUCUUCCUCUAAUAUAACAACUUCUGAAACCCUCAACAAAACCCCAAAUAUAUUAAUAAAUACAAACAACAAUGUUACUUUCAUUUCAAGUGGUACUGGGCAACACAACAAUGUUUAUAUAAACAACAAUAAUAAUUUAACUGUAAUUUCAAUUGGAAAUUUAAAAAAUGAGGAAGAUAUGAGGAAUAGAAGUACUUUAAUGAGUAAAAAUAAUAUUUCUGUAACUGAUGGAGAGACUAAUGAAAAAGAUAAGGAAAGUCUAAGAGAAAAAGAUAGAGAAGAAAUUAAACAACCGGAAAUUAAAAAUCCGGAAAAUAUGGAGAAAGGAAACAAAGAAAUUAAAAAUAAAGAAGAGAAAAUGGAAGCUGAGCGUACAAAAUUAAAAUACACAAAAUUAGAAAAUACAAGCAAAAAGAAUAAAAAACCGGAAGAAAGGGAAAAUACAAAACCGGAAACAACAAAACCAGAAUUUACAAAAAAAGAAAAUACAAACAAAGGAAGUACAGAACCGGAAAUUACAAAAUCAGAAGGAAUAGAAAAAGAAAAUACAAAUAAUGAAAAAAUAGAAGAAGAAAAUACAAAAGAAGGGAGCGCAAAACCGGUAAAUACAAUGGAAGGAAAAUCGAGUUUGGAAAAUUUUUCUGUUAGAAAAGGACUAGAAAGAGUAAUGCCAGAAGCUGCCCAAAAAGAAGAAAAUAAAAUUGGAGAUGUGGAGAAACCAAUUGUAAAUAGAGAAAAGGAAAAGGAUCCAAAUUUUAAUAAUUUUGAAGGGGAAAAUAAUAAAUUGGAAAACGAAUCCGGAAAAGGGUUCCCUGGAAAAGAUUAUUCCGGAAAGGAUAGAGAAAGAAAAUUUUCUGGUAAAGAAGGAAAAGAAACCGGAAAAGAAUUGAGAAAAAAUUUUGAAAAAGUCAAUGGCGGAAGAGAAUUUGGAAGGAAUUCUGGAGGUGAAUUAUUCGGGAGCGGUUCAGGAAAAGGGGAUGGGAAAAGGAAAGAAGACGAAAACGGAAAUGAUGAAUUAAAAGAAGGUCAAAAAAGAAAAUUAAACAGAAAUGGAUAUGAUGGGUAUGAAAAUAAAAAUAAGUCUGGAGAUGGUUCUGUAAAGAAGGGGAAUGAAGAAAAUGAUGAAACAGGAAAAGAGGGAAAAGAACUAACCGGAAACGAUUCCGAGAAGAAGGACAAUAAAAAUAAUAUCAAAAUUCAUAACGCUGGAGAAGGUGAUGAGAAAAAUGAAAAAAGAAUGGAAGAAAACACGGAAAGAGAAAAAUUAAUUAAAGAAAAGAAUCGUUUAGGAAAUAAAGUAAAAGAGGAUGAGGAAAGUGAUGAAGAGAUGAAGAAAAGUAAAAAGAUUUUGGUUAAAAAGGGAAAGGAAGAGGUUGAAGGGAGGAAUAAACAAAAGAAGAAAAAUGAUGAGUUUGAAGAAGAAAAUGGAAGAGGAUUAAAAAAUGGGGGAAGAAAAGGGUCUUCUAUUGGAAGAGAUUUGGAAGAGAGAAGGGGGAGAGAAGAAUUUAAAGAAAGGGAAAGAGGAAUGGAAGGAAGGGGUAUGGAAGGAAUAUCUAAUGAAAAUGAUAAAGGAUUGGAAGAAAGUGAAGUGAUAAAAGAUGGAAACACUGAAAGGGGAAGAGGGCUGGAAGAAGGAAGAACAUCUAAUGAAGAAAAGAAUGGAGGGGGAGGAUUUGAAGAGAAGGAAAGGGAAUCAAAUGGAAGAAAAUUAAACGAACGAGAGGGAGAAGGAAGAUUAUUUAAAGAAGAAAAUAAAAGAAGAGGAUUGGAAGAAAAUAGAAGAACAGCAAGUGAAACUAAUGGUAGUGGAUUGGAGGAAGGGAUGGAAGAAAAUAAUAAAAUAAGAGUUGAAGAAAGUGGAAAAGAAGAAAAGUCUGAAACUGACCUGAAGAAAAAUGAUGGAAUAAGAAAAGGAUCUGAAAAAAGAAAGGAAGAAACAGAGGGAACAAUAAACAAUGACAGGAAGGAAAAAGGAAGAGAAUUGGGAAAAGAAAAGUCGGAGGGCGAAAAAUUUCCUAAUGAAAAGAAUAUAGAAGAUAGAAGGGAAGAGGCUGGAAGAAGUGGAAGAGUAUUAGAAGAAGAAAAGAAUAAAAGUGGAGAACAGAUAGGAAGGGAAAGAGAAGAUGGAUCAAGUAGGAGAGGAUUAGAAGAAGGAAAGGAAGAACUUAGAAAAGUAGUUAAUGAAGAAAAUAAUGGGGGAAGAGAAAUGCAAAAAGGAAAGGAAGAAAGAAGUGAGGCAAGUAAAGAAACAAUCAAUAAAGGAAGAAGAGGAAAGGGUGGAUUCGGAAGAGUGUCUGGUGAAAAAGAACGAGGAAGAGGAUUGGAAGAAUUAAAAGGAGGAGAAUUAGGAUCUAGAAAAGGAUUGGAAGAAGGAAAAGAAGAGAAUGGAAGAAUGAGUGAGGAAAAUAAAAGAGAAGGAGGAUUGGAAGGAAAGGAAAAGAGUGGAGGUGUGAAUGCAGAGAAGGAUCUAGGAAGAGGAAUGGAAGGAAAUGAAAAUACUGGAAGAGUGAUUGAAAAUGAGAAUCGAGGAGGAGGAUUGAAUGAGGAAAAAGAAGAGAAUGGAAGAGGGAGUAAAGAAAACAACAAAGAAGAAGGAUUGGAAGAGGGGAGAGAAAAGUUCAAAGGAAGAGACAGAGGAAAAGAAGAAAAACAUGAAGAAGAACAGGAAGAAAAAGGAUUAAAUGAAGAGAAAAAUAAUAUUCCAAAAUCCUCCAGAAAAGAGGAGAACGGAAAUGAAGCAAAAACAGUAAAGAAACUUUUGUUAGAAGAGCAUGGAGAAAAGCCAAAAUCUUCUAGAGAAGAAAAUAAUGGAAAUCGAGAUUCUGGUUUAAAUGGAGGGAAGGAUAGUGAAGGAAAAAUUAAGGAACCCCAUCAAGUCAGUUCUGAGGAAAAUGAAAUUAACAAGCAUUGGCGCCCUCAUACUCGAGCAAAAAAGCCAGAAACAAGUACUAGAAUGCCUAGUACUAUUACAACAAUUCCAAUGACAAGUAAAGGUGGUGGUGAGAUUUCAAACAGAACAACAACAGAGAUAUCAUCAACACAUACACAAACAACAACAGACCCUUUUACACACCCACAAACAUUCGAAACAACAACGGAACAUAGAAGACACCUCAAAACGACAACCGAACCUCAAACUUCGUCUGAAUCAACUACAGAACCUUCGACAACAACAACUUCAGAGAUAUACCCAAAAAUAGUUACAGACCCUCAAGAAACAACAGAAACUUCGACUUCAACAACAUCCCAGUCUGUUACCCCCACAACUAAAGAAUCAAGCGAAAUGGUGGAAGAAGCAAAAGAAGAUUCUAGGGAAGGAGAGAAAGGCAACAAAAAUAUAUUUUAUUAA